GGAUCAAAGCCUCAUCAGUUGGGCUCGUGUAGUCAGCCAGCAAUGAGCACUUCACAUUCCGCCGCCUUUCCAUCUCUAGCAGAUGUCACAGACCUCUUUGAAAAUGGUCAUUCUGCGCCCUCCACCUUGGCGGCACCUUAUAUGCCAACUUACCCGAGCACAUCUGCGGCGUCCUCCAGCAGCUCGUCCUCUGCUCCUCAGUCCAAUGGUUACAAAGCGAACACCAAGCCCAAUCUGGUACCGGUGUUCAUUGAAAUGCCAGCGGACAUGCUCACACCUGUAUCUGCCUACCUGAAAAUUGCGAGUGAGAGCAGUCAUAGUUUCUUGUUGGAAAGCGUCAUUGGCGGCGAGAAUCUGGCGAGAUACAGCUUUGUCGGUGCAGAUCCCCUCAAGGUCAUACGUACUGGACCGGGAUUCGACCUGACUGGGGAUCCACUCAAAGGUCUGGAGGCAGAGCUGGAGCCGUAUCGAUAUGUCAAGCUACAUCAAGUCCCGACUUUCACGGGCGGAGCUGUUGGCUUCAUCACAUACGAUGCCAUUUCCCACUUUGAACCCGUUACUAAACCUGCCGAAGCACUUCGGGAGCCCAUAGCCGGACUUCCUGAGGCGUACUUUAUGCUUACAUCGACUCUGGUCAUCUUCGAUCACAUUUAUCAGACUGUCAAACUCGUGUCUCACGUCCACUUGCCAGACGGAUCACCUUCGACGCAGAUACCGGCUUUAUAUGAAGAAUGUGUGGCUCGAAUCGAAGGACUUAGGCGGAAGCUCGAAAACCCCAGCAUACCCUUACCUGUCCAAAAGCCCAUCCAGCUGGGGAACGAGGCCGUCAGUAACGUCGGCAAAUCAGGCUAUGAAGGAUUCGUCACCAAGCUGAAGGAGCACAUCGUCAAGGGGGACAUCAUCCAGGCUGUCCCGAGUCAGAGACUGGCUAGACCGACUUCCCUACACCCCUUCAACUUGUUCCGUCAAUUGCGCAGACUUAAUCCAAGUCCAUACAUGUUCUACCUGAACUGUGGAGAUGUCCAAGUGAUCGGCGCGAGUCCUGAGACAUUAUGCAAGGUCGAAAAUAGAAAGGUCUACAAUCAUGCUAUUGCGGGAACUGUCAGAAGAGGGAAGACGGCAGAGGGUGAGCGAUCUCUUCGAGGCGUUGCUGACAGUACAGAGGACGCCGCUCUUGGACUUGCUCUGCAGGCUUCCGAGAAGGACCGAGCAGAACAUAUCAUGCUGGUGGAUCUGGCUCGAAACGAUGUCAACAGAGUCUGCAAGCCAGAAACGACCCAUGUGGAUGCCUUGAUGAAGGUGGAGAAGUUCAGCCAUGUCAUUCAUAUGACCAGUAUGAUCAGCGGCAUCUUGAGAGAUGACCAGUCGAGAUUCGAUGCGUUCCGAUCCAUCUUCCCAGCUGGCACCGUCUCUGGUGCUCCGAAAAUCAAGGCCAUUCAGUUGAUCUCUGGCCUGGAAAAGGAACGACGGGGUGUCUAUGCUGGCGCAGUUGGGCGAUUUGACUUUGAUCGAAACGAGCUGGACACUUGCAUCGCCAUCCGGACUAUGACUUACAAGGAUGGGGUUGUCUAUCUUCAAGCCGGUGGUGGUAUUGUCUUUGACUCCAAUGAGGAAGAGGAAUAUAUUGAGACCAUAAACAAGCUGAAAGCCAACGUCAACUGCAUAGACGAAGCUGAGAGGUACUACGCCGCAUCUCAAGCGUAGAGUGCAUGCUGUGAGAUGCAUGCAAGCCAUCAUGUCGCCACCCGGACCCGCCCGAAAGCGGAACCAAAAUUUGGCAAUUGCGUCAGCGGAUUCGGAC